CGGGGGCGAGUCGCCAACGCCACAAAACCGACAAAACCAGCGUCGCAGCCAUUUUAUUUCACUGUAGCCUUCGAGACGGUUGUCGUGUCUGUACACUUCUCACACAGCACUUCACUACUCACUCAGCUCGUACGCACACAGUUUUUAAUUUUUUCAUUUUAAUACUCAUUCAUUCCGUCGCACAACUAUGAGGGAGAUCGUGCAUAUUCAAGCCGGACAGUGCGGUAACCAGAUCGGAGCCAAGGUAAAUAUAUUAUUUAUUUUUACGUGUUUGGCACGACGUUUCGCAGCCAAACAAUGGCGGAUACACGGAUAAAUGCUAUUUAGGGGUACCUGUUCACUACUUUUUGCGUAGCGUUUCCUUCUCAUCCGACUAAUAUUACUGUAGUCUGAAGACGGUUCGUACGAUCCAAUCCUAUCACUGGCAACUCUACUGGAUUUUUUUGGGGGGUUCCCGACUUGUUUUUCUUUUCAAAUUGCUUGACGAAAAACUGUUGGGAAGCCGGCUGUCGUGACUCUUGUUCCCCGCACUACCACCACAACCACCACCAACGCCGCCGCCGCUAAUGUGUUUCGCCGCCAAAACGACGCGUAAACAAAGGGAACGUUCCCGUGAGAAAAUAACUCAUUCUUAUGGCGUGGCAUUCUUGCUCCUAUUGUUUCACCAGUUAUUUUUGUUUUGUAUUAGAAGACUUGUCGUAUUUUUUCUAAAUACAUAUUAUGUGAUUAUUAUGCGUAUGUGAAUGUUUUUCGGUCGGUGUACUCGGUGGUAGGUAAUAACAUUUUGUAAAUAUAUUUCUGGUAAUAAUAUUUAUGAUGACGGCUUGCCAUUACUCCGAGCGUAAACAUAUUAACGUUACUGAAUUAAUUAACUUUGUAGCCGUAUAACUAUUAAAUUUUUUGUUUUAUGCUUCGCUGAUUUUUUUCCCGUGUUAUUUAAAUCUUGCAUUCAAAGCAACGGGGUUAAACCUUAUACCUACCUACAAGAUAUCGUAAAUUAAAAAUUAAAAAUAUUUAAAAUCUACAUCUUAUUAUAUUUUUCCGAUUAAAUUGUGUUUGUUUUGUUGGUUUUUUUCUCUACGCAUGAUUGAUCAACCGCAACAUAAUUUGUAUGUACCUACUAUCUGCGUAGUUAUUUGAUUUGGAAGGUCUAAUUGAAUUUAAGACGCAAUUCUUUGGUGUUGUAUGAAUAACGUAGAUUGUCGAUAGAAAUUUAUUUAAAACUAGAAUUUUAUGAAUUUUUUUUAGUUAUAAAUCACUAAUAAUUGGUUAUUAUGUUUAUUAUAAUUCUCUUCAAAUUAAGGUUCCAAUUAAAUAAAAUAACCUAACAGAUAUUUUUAAAAUCUUUAUGAAAAUAGAGGCAGGUAUUCACUAUGAAUGUAAUUAAUUGAGUAUACAUAAAUUAACUCAAUUUGGCCUUCAUAGUUUUGAUAAUUAAAUUACUCUAGGACUGAGGUCGGGAACCUUUUUAUAGAAACAGGCCAUUUUUUAAAAAAAAUUGCAAAAUAUAAUUUUCAAAGAGCUAUAGUGGUUAAGAUAGAAAAAAAAGAUUAAAACAUUUUACUAAACAAUUUUAUUGAGAAUUAGUAGGCAUUAAAAAUAAUAAUACCUCUUAAAUUUAGAAAAACUAUUUCAUUAAUACAUUAUUAUUAAUGUAGUUUAUUCAAACCUGGAGAUUGCAUUGUAAGGAGCUGACGGUUUCUGACCCCUGCUUUAUGAAGUGCUAUAUAAUCAAUAUUUAUAAGAAAUCUGUUAGGGAAACUAUUAAAACAUUUUGCAAUUAUUUUUUUCUUAUUUAUUUAAUUAAUUUAAAUUUUAUAUAUAUAAAAACUAAAUUUUAAUUAUUGAACUUUAAUUUUCAGUUCUGGGAAAUCAUCUCUGAUGAACAUGGCAUUGACCCAACUGGAGCCUACCACGGAGACUCUGAUCUUCAAUUAGAGCGUAUUAAUGUAUACUACAAUGAAGCAUCAGGUAAUGUUUGUUAAAAAAAUAAUUGUUAUCUUUGUUAAACAAGUUUGAAGUAUGUAUUUAUUUAUUAUUUGUUUAUAGGAGGAAAGUAUGUACCCCGUGCAAUCCUUGUGGAUUUGGAACCGGGUACCAUGGACUCUGUCCGAUCUGGACCCUUUGGACAGAUCUUCAGACCAGAUAACUUUGUCUUUGGACAGUCUGGUGCUGGAAACAACUGGGCCAAAGGUCAUUACACAGAAGGUGCAGAGCUAGUUGACUCAGUAUUAGAUGUUGUCAGGUAACUAUUAUUACUUGCGAAAUUGAUUUUAUUAAAAACUACAAUGUUUUAUCUAUAAAUAUACCAAAUUUCUAUUUUUCAAAGUUGUUUGACCACACUUAGUUAUUCUAAAAUUAGGAUUGACUAGAAUAAAAGAUUUUUGGUCACUCGUAAUUUGGGUGAUAAAGUCACAUUAAUCCCUUAUUUGGGACCAGCCACCCUUUUCUUAAAAAACUGCUCGGGUUCAGUAUGUCGUUUUAAUGAAAUGAACGUUUCUCAUCUUUUAUUUAAUUUUUUUUUUUAAUAAUUAUACAAGGUGUUAUUAUUUAUUGUUAUCCAAAUGUAACUAAUAUUAACUUUUUCAAUAUUUUUUUUUCUAUUAAAUUUUGUGUAAGGGUACAUUUUUACAAAUGUAAAAAAGAAUUAAAUUAUUAUUUUUAUCACUGUAAAAUAAAACAGAAAUUGAAUACAUCAUACAUUCAUAUCUUAUCAAUAGUUUCUUGGUAUUGUCGUUUUAGUUUUUAACAAUUACCUACGUAACAUUGUAGUCUCAUUAUUUACACAUUUCUUAGAAAUUAAAAAUUGCUUUACUAAGAAACUAUUAUGAUUGGGUAUGAAUUUAUGAUGCAUUAUAAUUUUUAGUAUAAUACAUCUUACAAAUACGCUGUUUUGAAAAUUGUUUAAAAUAGAAAAUAUGAAGUUUUUUCAGUGAUUAAGGUAUGAAAAUACAAAUUUAAUUUUUCUCUACUAUUAUGUUCCUCUGAUAUAAUGCCCGAAUAAUAAUUAAUAUUGAGUUAUUAGCAUUCAGAUAACACUGUAGGACCUCCUGUAUAAUAAAUCCACGCUUAAAUAAUUAAUAUGGCCUUAAAUUAUAAUUGUUGAGGUAAAGAAAUUUGUUAAUAUUUGAACAAUUUUUAAUUGUUUAAAUAUUUUUCUACUUUAACAAGUUUCUAAUAACAAUAUAUUUUUAGGAAAGAGGCUGAAAGCUGUGAUUGCCUUCAAGGUUUCCAAUUGACACAUUCAUUGGGUGGUGGUACUGGUUCCGGUAUGGGAACCUUAUUGAUCUCCAAAAUCCGUGAAGAAUAUCCAGACAGGAUUAUGAACACCUAUUCUGUUGUGCCCUCCCCCAAAGUAUCAGACACUGUUGUAGAACCAUACAAUGCCACCCUUUCAGUUCACCAACUGGUUGAAAAUACAGAUGAAACCUACUGUAUUGACAAUGAAGCUUUAUAUGACAUUUGCUUCCGUACCUUAAAACUCACAACCCCGACAUAUGGUGACUUAAACCACUUGGUCUCGUUGACCAUGUCUGGAGUAACCACUUGUCUCAGAUUCCCUGGUCAGUUGAAUGCUGAUCUCCGUAAACUCGCUGUCAACAUGGUUCCUUUCCCCAGGUUACAUUUCUUCAUGCCUGGAUUCGCUCCUCUUACUUCUCGUGGUAGUCAACAAUACAGAGCUCUGACUGUACCUGAACUUACCCAACAAAUGUUUGAUGCUAAAAAUAUGAUGGCCGCAUGUGACCCACGACAUGGACGUUAUUUAACAGUAGCAGCCGUGUUCCGAGGCCGUAUGUCCAUGAAAGAAGUUGACGAACAAAUGUUAAACAUUCAAAAUAAGAACUCCAGCUACUUCGUUGAAUGGAUUCCUAACAAUGUUAAGACUGCAGUGUGUGAUAUUCCACCAAGAGGUUUGAAAAUGUCUGCCACAUUUAUUGGAAACUCUACAGCCAUUCAAGAGUUGUUCAAGAGGAUUUCAGAACAAUUCACUGCUAUGUUCAGACGUAAGGCUUUCUUACAUUGGUACACUGGUGAAGGUAUGGAUGAAAUGGAAUUCACUGAAGCUGAAUCUAACAUGAAUGAUCUUGUAUCCGAAUACCAACAAUACCAAGAAGCCACUGCUGACGAGGAAGCUGAAUUUGAUGAAGAACAAGAACAAGAAGUUGAUGAGAACUAGAAUUGUUUAAAAUUAAAUUUUUGUUAAUUUUUAUUUAAAUGAAAAUUCUGUAUAUUAAUCCAUCAAUUUUUUUUAUUUAUACUUAAUGCUUUUUCAUUCCAUGAUUGAUACAUUUCCCCUCAUACUAAAAAAACACUGCUUUUUUUAUUUUGAAUUAUAAUAAUGAACAAUAUAGCUUUACGAGAUUAAACUAUUUGAAAUUAUUUUUCAAGCACAUGAAAUUCUAUUUGUAUUUAUUAUAAGUCCUUUCAAUGAUAUUUUAUUAAGCUAUAGUCUUUGUUUGACUAGGAAUUGAUCUUGAUUCAUUAUUUUAUAUGUAAUGCAUAUUAUAAUGCUUCUUGACUUGAAAUACACUUCAUAUUUAUUUAACAAAUACUGGUAAUGAUUAUUCAUUUUUAUAAAUAUUGAUAGUUGUGAUUCAUUUGCUACAAUUUGAUCAUAUUUUUAGGUGUAUCUUGGUUUUAAAAAUAUUAACUAUUAAAUAUUAUUAGAUAAGGAAUUGCAAUAUGAUUUGUAUUAAAAAUCUGAGUUAACUCUUAAUCAUUUCAUUAAAGAAUUUGAUUGCCUUACUAAUUUGGUCGGCAAAAUAAAAUAAUGUAUAGUUUUUACUUAUUAAAAUGUUUCA